GUGAUGCAGAUGUAUCUUCCUUUUUGUGGAAUUGCCAUAUCCAAUGCCCAGCUCUUUGCUGCCUCAAGGAAAGAAUACGAAAGAAGCAGGGCUUUGCUAGAGGUGGUUAAUGACCUCUUUGAAGAACAGACUGACCUGGAGAAAAUUGUCAAGAAAAUAAUGCAUCGAGCACAAACUUUGUUGAAAUGUGAACGCUGUUCUGUUUUACUCCUAGAGGACAUUGAAUCACCAGUGGUGAAGUUUACUAAAUCCUUUGAAUUGCUGUCCCCAAAGUGCAGUGCUGAUGCUGAGAACAGCUUCAAGGAAAGCAUGGAGAAAUCAUCAUACUCUGACUGGCUGAUAAAUAACAGCAUCGCUGAGCUGGUUGCUUCCACAGGCCUCCCAGUGAACAUAAGUGAUGCCUACCAGGACCCACGCUUUGAUGCGGAGGCUGACCAGAUAUCUGGUUUUCACAUAAGAUCUGUUCUCUGCGUCCCCAUUUGGAAUAGCAACCACCAAAUAAUUGGUGUAGCUCAAGUGUUGAAUAGACUUGAUGGGAAACCUUUUGAUGAUGCAGAUCAACGACUUUUUGAGGCUUUUGUAAUCUUUUGUGGGCUUGGUAUUAACAACACAAUUAUGUAUGAUCAAGUAAAAAAGUCCUGGGCCAAGCAGUCUGUGGCUCUUGAUGUGCUAUCCUAUCAUGCCACAUGUUCUAAAGCAGAAGUUGACAAGUUCAAGGCAGCCAAUAUCCCUCUGGUGUCUGAGCUGGCCAUUGAUGACAUCCAUUUUGAUGACUUUUCCCUAGACGUUGAUGCCAUGAUCACAGCUGCUCUCCGGAUGUUCAUGGAGUUGGGGAUGGUACAGAAAUUUAAAAUCGACUAUGAGACACUGUGUAGGUGGCUUUUGACAGUGAGGAAAAACUAUCGGAUGGUUCUGUACCACAACUGGAGACAUGCCUUCAACGUGUGCCAACUGAUGUUUGCCAUGCUAACCACGGCUGGGUUUCAAGAGAUCCUGACUGAGGUGGAAAUUUUAGCCGUGAUUGUGGGAUGCCUGUGUCAUGACCUUGACCACAGGGGAACCAACAAUGCCUUCCAAGCUAAGAGUGGCUCUGCGCUGGCCCAGCUCUAUGGGACCUCGGCUACCUUAGAGCAUCACCAUUUCAACCAUGCUGUGAUGAUCCUUCAAAGUGAGGGUCAUAACAUCUUUGCUAAUUUGUCCUCCAAGGAAUACAGUGACCUUAUGCAGCUUUUGAAGCAGUCAAUAUUAGCAACAGACCUCACUCUGUACUUUGAGAGGAGAACUGAAUUCUUUGAACUUGUCAGUAAAGGAGAAUAUGAUUGGAACAUCAAAAACCAUCGUGAUAUAUUUCGAUCAAUGUUAAUGACAGCUUGUGACCUUGGAGCCGUGACCAAACCGUGGGAGAUCUCCAGACAGGUGGCUGAACUUGUGACUAGUGAGUUCUUCGAACAAGGAGAUCGAGAAAGAUCAGAGCUUAAACUCACUCCUUCAGCUAUUUUUGACCGGAACCGGAAAGAUGAACUGCCUCGAUUGCAACUGGAGUGGAUUGAUAGCAUCUGCAUGCCCUUGUAUCAGGCGCUGGUAAAGGUCAAUGUGAAACUGAAGCCCAUGCUGGAUUCAGUGGCUGCAAACCGAAGGAAGUGGGAAGAGUUACACCAAAAAAGACAGCUGGUCUCCGCUGCCUCCCCUGCGCCAGCCAGCCUCCUGGUGGCCAGGGAGGACAGACAGUAAACC